AUGGAGAGCUAUAAGGAAAUGGUGAACAACUCCAGGAUCAUCCUGGAUGAUGGGAACUACGGGUUUUGGAAAGCUAGGAUCAGAUCCAUGAUCAAAGGGAUCGAUCCACUGGCAUGGAAGGCAGUAACUGAUAAAUGGGAAGAACCACUGGUAGCUGAUGCCAACGGAGUCUUUCAUCCAAAACCAGAAGAAAGUUGGACUGAAGAGGAGUCAAAAAGAGCAAAGUACAAUUCAAGGGCGCUGACUACCAUUCACACCAACAUAUCAAGAAAGACAUUUGAGCUGAUUCAAGGUGUUGUGACUGCCAAAGAAGCAUGGGACAUACUUCAGAUGCAGUACGAAGGAACAACAAAGGUUCAAAACUCCAGAAAGGACAUGCUUGUUUCUCGCUUUGAGAAUCUAAAAAUGGAGGAGGAUGAAACCAUUUCUGAAUUCAGUUCAAAACUAAGUGCUCUGGCACAAGAAGCAGCUGUGUUGGGCAAAAAGUACAAAGAUAAGAAGCUGGUGAAGAAAUUCUUGAGGUGUCUGCCAUCGAGGUUUAUGUGGUACAAAUCUGCACUCAGUGUGUCCAGCAACACAGAGAACAUGCCAUUAAGUGAACUUGUAGGCAUGCUGAAAGCUCAUGAGAUGGAGCUAGACAGUCUGAAGAAACCUAAAAGUCUAGCUCUAAAAUGUGAAAACCGCACCACUGAAGAUGAGGAAGACGAUCCCAUAAGUCUUUUGGUUCGAAGAUUUGAUCGUGCUUUGCGGAAAACUGGGAAACCUCAGAAGAAGGUUGCCUCCUUCAAGAAGACAACUGAGGGGGACAAGUCUAACAUGAAGAGUGAGGUGCAGUGUCAUGAGUGCAAGGGAUAUGGACAUUUCAAGAAUGACUGUCCUACUAUCAAGCGACGGGAGAUUCAGUGCUAUGGCUGCAAAGGAUUUGGACACACUCAGCUGGAAUGUGUCAAUGAUCAAAAUCGCAGGAAGGACAAGUCCAUGUUGGCUGAGGAAGAAUCGGAUGAUGACUCAGAGGAUGACUCAGUUGAAGAGACAAACAACUUUGUGACGUUUAUCGGGAUCGCUGAAAUUGAGGAGGGACAGGAGUCAGACCUCAACAAAGAAAACAGUGAAUUGAAGAAAGAAAACCAGAGACCGUCCGUACUAGUAGACAAGCUCAGCAAAGAUCUCGAAGCAGCAAAUGCACUUGGCCAGGGAAGUGUCAACUUGAUCAAGGAGAAGCUGGAAUUAGCCAACAAAGCUGAAAGUCUGAGGCAGCAUCUAAAGGUUGAAAAGCAAAUAUCGGAGAAGCUGGAGUCAGAACUAGAUCAGCUAAAGAAGCAGAUUCAGAUGUUCGCAGGGACCAAGCAACUAGACAAGAUCAUGAGCUACGGAUGUCAAGCCAAUACAAAGCAUGGGCUGGGGUACAGUGGAUGGGAACAAAGGAGCUCAGAUGAAAUCAAGUUUGUCUCAUCCGAAUACAACCAGCCUGAAGGACGAAGAUCUGCCACCAAACCGCGAAAAGGACGAGAGUGCUAUUACUGUGGCAAGAUCGGACAUAUCAAGGCAUACUGCUACAGCAGAUGGAACAGGGUUCAGAAACUGAUGAAGCAACGGAAGUUCAGUUGGAAUGGAUCCACGAAUCAAGUCUGGGUCAGGAAAGAGGAUUUGCGAUUUGAAUCUAAGGGACAACUGAAGAAGAAUCCCAUCAAGCCGAGAGAAUUCACUGUUAAGAGAUCUUCCAGAGUUGAUCCAAUGUCAAUGCUGUGGCAUGGAUUCAAUUGCAACAUGGCACAAGUUGAAAGCGACGAAGACGAGUCAGAGCCUUGGUACUUCGAUAGUGGCUGCUCACGGCACAUGACUGGAAACCGAAGCUACCUCCGAAAUGUUAAGAAAAUUAAGGGAGGAAGAGUUACGUUUGGUGAUGGAAGUGUCGGUGCCAUACAAGGAAUAGGUAUUACAAAAGACGAAGAUCAGCCUGAUCUAGUCAAUGUAUACUUAGUAAAGGGAAUUAAGCGACUCGGACACAUGAACAUCAGGAAUCUCAAUGAUCUCAUCUCAAAGGAGAGCAUUAGAGGAGUUCCAAAGAUUAAGGGAGGUGAUAAGUUUGUGUGUGGAGCGUGUAACCAAGGCAAACAGGUCAAAGUUCAACACAAACGAGUACCUGAUGUAAAAUCCAAAGCACCACUUGAUCUAGUUCACAUGGAUCUGAUGGGGCCAGUUCAGACAGAGAGUUUGGGAGGUAAAAAGUAUGUGUUUGUGCUGGUUGACGACUUCACCAGAUUCACAUGGGUCAGGUUUCUCCGAGAAAAGUCUGACACGGCGGACAGCUUCAGAAUCUGGGCUCUACAACUCAUGAAUGAACGAGGUUCAAUCAAACGAGUCAGAAGUGAUCAUGGAGGAGAGUUUCAGAACGAGUUCAUGAAGUUGUUCUGUGAAAGUCAUGGAAUAGCUCAUCAGUUUGCUGCACCCAGAACUCCACAGCAAAACGGCGUAGUGGAACGGAAGAAUCGAACACUUCAGGAGAUGGCUCGUGCGCGAUGA